AUGGGCGGCGACGACAGACGACCGAGUCUCUCCAGCAUGGAGCAGAUUAGCACCAAGGCCAAAUUGGGUGCGGUUUCGGGCGUCUAUAUCCCUGUCUGCCUCAACAUCUUCAGCAUUCUCAUGUUCCUCCGUUUUGGUUGGAUCCUCGGUCAAGUUGGACUUCUGGGCAUGCUUGGACUACUGGUUACGGCUUACCUUGUAGACUUUUUGACAACUCUCUCUCUAUCUGCUAUAGCUUCAAAUGGCGAAGUCAAGGGCGGAGGCGCCUACUACGUAAUCUCGAGGUCUCUCGGCCCCGAGUUUGGCGGUUCCAUCGGGAUGCUCUUCUAUCUCGCUCAGGUCCUCAAUACCGCGCUCAACGUUGUUGGUCUAAUUGACUGCAUAAAGUUGAACGUCGGAGAAUCUUUCCCCCAAGGCUACUGGACUGUCUACAUGCUCCAAACCUUGGCUUUGCUGCUAUGUGCUGGAUUGUGCUUGGCCGGGAGCGGAAUAUUUGCCAAAGCCAGCAAUGCGCUGCUUGUCAUUUUGAGUCUCGCAAUUAUAAGCAUUCCCAUAUCUGCCGCGUUGAAGUCUCCUUUUCGAGAUAAUGGACUUGGCGUGCGCUUCACCGGCUUUAGCAUCGAAACACUGGUGGACAACUUUGCUCCCCAUACAAAAGCCGACUCGUACAAGGGAUUUGAAACUUUUCGAGAAGUCUUUGCCAUCCUGUUUCCUGCCACGUCGGGAAUCUUUGCUGGAGCUUCAAUGUCUGGGGACUUGGUAAAUCCCAGCAAAGACAUCCCGAAAGGGACUCUCUGGGCGAUGAUGACCACCUUCAUUGCAUACCUGGUCGUAGUCUUCUCCAUGGCUUCCACCACAACGCAUGCUUCAUUUAUCAACAACACCAACAUUAUCUCGGUCACAAGCUUGUCUCCGCCUCUGAUCCUCGCCGGAGAGUGCGCCGUCACCUUCUUCUCCGCUGUGAUGGGACUUAUUGGUGCUGCCAAGCUCAUGCAGGCCCUGGCGAGGGAUAAGUUGCUUCCUGGUCUUCUGCCAUUUUCACGAGGGACGAAGAGGGCCGAUGAACCAAUUCAAGCCAUUAUUCUCACAUACGCACUUGCCCAGAUUGCCAUGUUUGCCAAUCUGAACCAGAUCGCGACUUUGAUAUCCAUGGGCUACCAGAUGACGUUCUUCGUCAUGAAUCUGGCAUGUUUUCUACUCAAGAUAGGGUCGGCUCCCAACUUCCGGCCUGCAUUCAAGUUCUUCAGCUGGGAAACAGCUUUCGCCGGUAGCAUCAUGUCUGCAGCGGCCAUGUUCUUCAUCGACCAGACUUAUGCGGCUACUGCAGUCUGCUUACUCGUCUUCCUUUUCUCCCUGAUCCACUAUCUCAGUCCGCCGAAGCGAUGGGGCGAUGUCUCGCAGAACCUCAUUUACCACCAAGUGAGGAAGUAUUUGUUGCGACUACGGCCUGAGCAUAUUAAAUUCUGGAGACCCCAAAUCAUUUUACUCAUCAACAAUCCUAGGAGUCAAACUAGGUUGAUUCAAUUCUGCAAUUCUGUAAAGAAAGGGGGUCUCUAUAUUCUUGGCCACGUCAUUGUGACCGACGAUUUUAGUAGCGGUGUUCAUGAGGCAAGGCUCCAACAGGCGGCAUGGACAAAGUACAUCUCGGAGUUUUCCCGGAUCAAGGCUUUUGUGCAGCUGACGAUGUCCCCGACCAUCACCUGGGGUAUUCGAAACUUGAUUUUGUCAGCCGGGCUGGGGGGUAUGCGUCCAAACAUCGCCGUGAUGGGCUUUUACAACAUGGACGAGCUCAGAGAUUCUCGCCCUUCUUUCCAAGUUCCGAAAGCUCCUAGCUCGUCAAAUACGAACGCCCGCCCUCAGGCAAAAGCCAAAGAAAGGAACCCCCGCAGAAGACGAGGCGACACAUCCGCACGCCUGAUGGAAGGUAUUCUGCCUACAGAUGUGAUGAAGACAGAAGGGAUGAUGAGUGUGACAAAUUACAUGACCAUGUUGGAGGAUCUCGCUUUGAGGUACAAACUCAAUGUUGCGAUUGGCAAAGGCUUCGAAAAUCUGGAAACGCCGCGCAAGGACAAGGCCAACAUCAAGAGAUAUCUCGACCUCUGGCCGAUACAGAUGUCAGCAGAAGUUUUGUCAGAUGGGAAAAGCGUCUUGACAACCAACUUCGACACAUGUGAGGCAGAUUUGUUCCUCAAUCAGGAUUUCACUAACACAUCUGCAGAUACUUUGAUUCUCCAACUCGGCUACAUCCUCUACAGCGUGCCGACAUGGCACAAACUCUACGAUAUUCGCGUACUGGUGUUUGUGGAGUACGAGAGUGAAGUGGAAGAAGAGCGGGCGCGUGUCAAGGCAUUGCUAGACAAGUUGAGGAUCGAGGCCGAAGUCAUCGUAUUCUGGCUUGCUUCCGGGCAGCUGAACACCUAUGAGUUGAUUAUUAACGGCCAAAGCAACGACCUCGAGUCUCAGAUCAUGGUUCACGAUAUACUGAAAGAUGAAGAGUGGUGGAAUGACCUCCAGAGAUUUCGAGGUCGCGAGCCAAAUUUGAACUCGACCGAAGAGCUCACAUCUUUUGCGAACAUCAUCGAGUCGACGGCAGGACGGCCUGGUGUAUUUAACCCCCAUGUGUCGCUCGACGACAUUGAAAGUGGACGGCGACCAAGUUUGGUGCACUUUGGGGAAUUGCCGAAGAAGCCGACGGUUUCGAAGCUGUCCCGCCUUGGCGUCAGUGUUGGAAUUCACACGUCUCACCUGGGAGAUGAGGUCUUCGAAGACGACUCUGGCUCCGACGGUGAGAUGAGUGGUCAAGAACAGCAGCCAUCGUGCCUUGAUUCCGAUUCCGAUUUCGAACCCGGCAGCAGUGAUUAUAGCGAGGACGAAACGCCAGACGCGGACGCCCCUAGACGACCGUUGUUACUUGGGCGAGGGCGAGAGCGAGGGCGAAGCCGAAGCCAGAGCGAUGACCUGCUAACAAGCCCGUCUAAACAAAAAAGAAGCAAAUCGAACAAAAGCGCUGCACCGGCAGCAUCCUAUGGCACGAUGAUUUCACAAGCUCGGUCUGAAGGGCAGGCGGGCCCAAGCCAUGUGGGCAGAAUUGAAAACGUGUCGGCACCCCCAACUCCAUUAGAACGACCUGUGCUCGAUCGCAAAAUAUCUGCUCGUUCCAUGGGUGGAUUCAGGUCAGCGGGCAUCAAUACUUACGAUGCGACUUCGGGAAGCGUAUCUGGAAUGGCGACCCCAGCAAGGCCGACCCUCUCUCGACAAUCAUCAGCAGUGCGAUUCUCAAGUCGCCCAAUGCCAGAAACGAGAACAGACGUGGAGGGCACGUCGGGUCCAACAAUCAUGUUUGCAGACACCACCGAGGAAGAGACGCCGCGUGCGGAACAACCCGCAUUCUCAAGCCAGUCCUCUGCUGGACGGUUUUCCAGUCGGCCAGUGCCCGAGAUGACGGUGACGGCGGCUGAAGAGUUUGAGCCAAACAUUACGUUUGCGGAACCCUCUUGCAGAUCGCGCAAAGCUUCCGUCGCGUCUACUGCCGAUCUGGGUGACGUCCACAUGAACAUGGCGGAGCUUGUGGGACGCUACAGAUUAGACUCGAGAGCUGAUGGAGACGGGCUCGGCUCGCCUUAUUCAACACAAGGCAUCUCGCUCUCGUUUAACGAUUUGCCAUCGCGGGCGCAACAUGUCAUCCUCAAUGAGCUGAUGCGACAAAACAGCAAAGAUACUGCCGUCAUGUUCACCACGUUGCCCGUGCCCACCGAAGGAACUUGCCAGGAUGAGCUGGCGAGCGUACAGUAUCUAUCGGACGUUGAGGUCCUCUGCCACGAGCUCCCUCCCGUCAUGUUGGUCCUGAGUAAUAACAUGACGGUCACGGUUGGGCUAUAG